AUGUCUUUAGUUUCAGGCCCUGGGAGGGGUGGUGCGCCAGACUCCGCAGGCGGGGAGCUCUGUGUGCAGAAACAUGUAGACUACAUCAAACGCCUUGACACACGGAAAGAUGAAUUGGAAUACUGGCUUACAGAACACCUGCGUUUGAAUGGAGUUUACUGGGGUCUGACCGCGCUCCAUUUGCUUGGGCAUCCCGAGACAUUGCCCCGCGACGAGACUAUUGCCUUCGUUCUAAGUUGCCAGCAUGACAGUGGCGGCUUUGGUGCCGCCCCGGGCCAUGACGCUCACAUGCUAUAUACUGUUAGUGCGGUUCAGAUCCUCGUGACGAUUGAUGCCGUCGAUGAAUUGGAGAAGCAGGGCCGGGGAGGGAAGGAGAAAGUGGGCUCAUUUAUUGCGAAUCUUCAGGAUCGUUCUACGGGAACGUUCAAGGGCGACGAAUGGGGGGAGAUAGACACACGUUUCCUCUACGGUGCGCUUAACGCCUUGUCCUUAUUGGGUCUCCUUCACCUUGUCGAUGUUCCCAAAGCCGUAGCCUAUCUACAGUCAUGUGCGAAUUUUGAUGGCGGGUUCGGAGUUCGUCCAGGGGCAGAGUCCCAUGCGGGUCAGAUAUUUACUUGCGUUGGAGCCUUGGCGAUUGCUGGCCGCCUUGACUUGGUCGAUGUGGACCGAUUGGGUGGUUGGCUAAGUGAGAGACAGCUGGAUAACGGUGGGCUGAAUGGUCGACCGGAGAAGCUAGAGGAUGUCUGCUACAGCUGGUGGGUGGCAAGUAGUCUAGCUAUGAUUGGCAGGCUUCAUUGGAUUGAUGGAGCCAAGCUGGCUGCCUUCAUUCUCCGUUGCCAGGACCCAGGUGAAGGUGGGAUAGCAGAUCGACCAGGAGAUAUGGUUGAUGUGUUCCAUACCGUUUUUGGGAUCGCUGGCCUGAGCUUACUGAAAUAUCCUGGCCUCGAGGAGGUCGAUCCGAUCUAG